UCAAAUAGCGUUUUACUAGGGGGACGUCAUCGACUGUUUUGACAAACAUUUUGUUAGCGUCGAUUUGCAGUUAGUAUCAAUACAUUUAUGUCAUUUUAUGAAAGGCCGUUUACUUUUGAGCUUAUUCGAGGAGCAGACUAUCAUUUUUAUUCAAGCAACCAAGAUUUCGUGAGAGGAAAAUGUAUUCUGAAAGAGGGAGUAUAUAGACGAUCGACCUACAGAGGAGCGGCCAUUGUACCAUAGAAAGCACGCGCAAUUGUGUUUCUCAGCUCGAUGGGAUAGCAACCCACGCCACUUGUCUGGCUUGCAGCUGUAGGUAUGGACUCCUCCCUCUACUUGUGCUCUACCUGCUACCAGAUAUUCAACUCUCUGGAGGUGGUGAUCUCUCAUCAGCUCACCUGCCAACCUGUCAACACAGAGGAGACGGUCCCUGCAGCGCCACCUACAGCACAGACCGAGAGCUGCAGAGUGGUGUUUCAGUCUCAGAAUGGACCAUCCCAGCACCAAGAGAGAAACCAAAAGAGAACCUUCAUGACGAACCCAAACCUGCCCUGCCUGCACUCCCUCAUAGAGAAGAGAGCGACUGGAAGUCCGACCGGUUCCAACAGCCCUCAGAACCAGACCCAAACGCAAAACCUGACUAGCCCGGCCCUGCUCAUCCACUAUCAGUGUAGGGAAUGUGAGGCGUUGUUUGAGUCCCUGGAGCUGUGGCAGAAGCACAGCAAGCUGGGUGACUGUUCUGCAACCACUGGGUCAGAACCAAGGGACCAGGAAAUGGACACAGAGUGUCAGCCUGCGAUAGGAGAUGAAAAGGGGGUAGAGGGACAGAGUGAUGGAGGGAUGGAUGUGAAUAUAGAGGAGGAUGGUGACAAAGAGAGGGAGGAAGAGGUAGACUAUGGAGGAGGGAUGGAACAAGAACAUAGCAUUGAGAAUGAAUUGGAAUCAGAAACAAACUCCAACUCCCAGCAUUCCUUCCCCAACACUCCCAUGUUUACAAACCCUGCUGCCUAUAGUUCCAAUCCAACUGCUUCCUCCUCGAGCCAGACCUCCUUCUGUGCGGCCUGUGGCUCGGGCUUCAGCACUGAGUCGGCGCUAAAGCUGCACCGUGUGGCCAUCCACGGCUUGCCGGGGGCGCUACAUCACUGUGACGUAUGUGGAGAGAGCUUUAUGAACACUACCAAGUACCUCUACCACCGCAGGCAGCAUCGAGACAGAAGGGAAAAGGACUCGGAGGGCUCCACACCCCGGGUGGAGUGCAUUUUAUCUAAGCCUCUGUUCCAGUGGAAAAGCAACAGUGCUGUGGUGAAUGGCGGAGAAGAGACCCCGACCCAUCCACCCCUCACUACCACCACCCUCCCUGACCCUUCCACCUCCCUACUGGCCCUGGAAACAACACCCGGGGACCACUUCGGACCGUGCCCCCACUGCGGGCGUUUCUUCAAGAGCUGCAGCCGCAUGCGCACCCACAUCCAGGCCCACUCAGGCCUCAAGCCGUUUAAGUGUGACCUCUGCCCCAAGACGUUCGCCUACAACAGAUGCGUGACGCGCCACCGUAUCACCCACAGCGCCCGCAAGCCUUACACCUGCCUGCGCUGCGGCAAGAGCUACACACUGUUGGGCUCGCUCCAGACCCACCACCUACUACACGAACGCCAGGAUGCCUUGAACAAAGAUGGUGUUGUGGUCAAGGAGGAGGUUUGCGGUGUGGUCAAUGAUGCAGAGUCAAAGAACUCAAAGUACCCAACGUUUUUUCGAUACAAAUGCCCCGAUUGUCCACGCUGCUUCCGAAUGUCAUCUCAGGUGCCGGUUCACAGAUACUCUCACACAGGGAAGUAUCCGUUCACCUGCUCCAUCUGUGGAGAACACUUUUUCCACAAGAACAGGCUGAAGCGCCAUGCUCUCACACACGAUGGUCAGAGUAAUGCUAAUAGAGUGGUGGACAUAGGCCUGGUUAAGGGAACAGACCAGGGUAGAGGCCGUGGCCAAGGCGGAAGGCGGGACAAGACCACAGGGCUUCUGGACUGUGAGUUCUGCCGCCAUCGCUGUGUCACCAAGGAAGGCCUGGACCUCCACAGAYUGUCCCACGCCGGACAGACCCCCUUACGCUGCCCGAUGACCCCCUGCAGACGGCGCUAUGCAACGGCCGCCUCCCUGGAAGAGCACCUCCUUACCCACUGCCCGGCGCCCGGGGACACGGUGGCCGCCGCCGACCUCCCCAAGCCCCGUCCCUUCCACUGCCAUCACUGUGGGAAGUACUUCACCACCGGCUCAUCACUCAGCGUCCACCUUAGAGUCCACACGGGGGAGAAGCCCUUUCAGUGCUCCCAAUGUUGGAAGAGUUUCCGACAGAUCCCUCACCUGCGCGACCACGAGCGUCUGCACAGCGGCGAGCGUCCCUUCGUCUGCGGUGUCUGUGGCAAGAGCUUCGUCCUGGCCGCCCGCCUCACUGAGCACGCCCGCACUCACAGUGGCGAGAAACCAUUCUCCUGCCCUGUGUGCCACCGGGCCUUCCGCUCCCUCUCCAACCUGGGAAAGCACCGCAAGACCCACCGCUGCUGCCCCCCCACACAGCCACAAGAGGGCAUCAGCGAGCAGAUCGCUGUCCUAGGGGUCAAAAUUCAGGGGAAUAUGGACAAUAUGGAGGGUCAGGCGGCCGUGCGUACGAUCUUACUUGUUCAGCCCCAAGUGGUCUCUCAGGGAGGAUCUUCUUCCGUAUCUGCUCCCCUCAUCCUCCUGCACCCCUCAGUUGCUGUGGGCAACGGGCAGGCCGGGGCUGUGGGGGGUACCAUUAUGCGGCAUGCCAUCGAGGUCAUCGUGGAGCAGGCUGGUGAGCAGCGGGUGAAAAGUUGAUGUAACUUCACUGGUGAGACAUUUCACAAGAGGCUGCCAAGGUCACCUGGAUGAAAAUCAUUUCUGAGAAGAACUGUCACAAUCUAAACGGAGGAUAAGAAGUGGGUGGAGAGCAGGGAGUGAGGGGAACGGAGUGAAGUGGGACUUGAAUAAAUAAAAUGUGAAGGAAUGGUGCGGUGUUAGGAUUACGAGGAUCAGUUUUCAAUUUAAGUACAGAUGUAUAGAAUGGUUUGAAGUAAGUUACUUCUAAUAGAAUGUUUUUGAGCCUGUGUUCAAUCUCAAUUUGACACAGAGUGCCUUCACAAUCUGUUGUAUUUCUUUGAAUAAAAUGCUCUCUUUCCAUUUAA